AUGAAUUACUACCGGAAACACGAAACGUCUAUAAAAUAUGGUGCGCUUGUUGGAGUGCCGAUAAGAGAAUUCGAGAAAGGAAAUCAUCCACAUGUGUACAUAUAUGUUAAUGUUAGAAAAGGCAACUAUAGAUCAUAUGUUAGCAAAGAGGAUUGCUAUAAAGUAGCUGUCAAUGUGCAGGACUAUAGUGGCAAAAAUGUUUUCUUCGCUUAUAAGAAAAACUUGCAUGCCGCAUUUUUGCAACGCUUACAAUUCUUCUCUGCAGGUGAACAUGUUUUGGAGCCUACAGCAAACUCUGGUGCUAUUGACUAUGUAAGAGGAGGAUUUAUUAAGAAAGAAGACUUUCGAGAGGAAACAGAAAGAGUACUAUCACAACGUCUUCAUGACAUUGUAUAUGGUAUGAUAGCGGCAUGUGAAAAACAUCCUGACUCAAAAAUUUUCUGUUUCGGAUCAAUGUUUCCUGGUGGAAUACACGAUAUCCAUAUGAAUCAAGGGGAAUCACGAUACAGGAAUAAGCAAUAUCAAGAUGGCGCUUUAAUUUUCUUCGAUGCCAAUAAAAUGCAAUAUAAUGGUGCAUUCUUUUACUUUCAAGAAGAAUCUUCUGCUUGGUAUAGACCGUAA